GAUUGGGAAGCAGCACCCUGUAUUGGUAUUGUUUCCUCUGUUUGAAUCUUCCUAAAAACUGCUACAAAAUGUAAUGUGUGGAGAGGAGAAAGCCAAAUUCUUUAUUAUUGCUCAUAUAAUUACGGGGAGAACUUUUCUCUGAGUGGGGAUUUUUUAGUCCUCUCUUAUUUGAUUCCUGUGUUUGGCCUAUCGCCAGGGCUACACAAAGGGAAAAACACGUGGCCAUCCUACCUCCCUUUGGCUCACCAGCUCUCAGAAGCAUGUGAGCAUCGGGUGGGUGCUCAGCCCAAUUUCAACACCUACAGCUGACUCCUGCUCUCGAAGUCUCUUGGUAGUCCCUUGCUUGCUGCAUAAUCCAGCUGAUGGUCAGCCUAAGGAAGCAUCAUCAUUGACUGGAAUAAAACCAAACAAAGGAGUGGUUAAAUACAUUGAAGAGACGCCUUCAGCUGGGAUUCAUGUUUGCUGGAAGUGACUUGCGCUUUGCACAACGUGAUGUUCAAAUGCUUACCCUGAUGGACCAUCACCGAUCAGAAGUGGCAUUAAAUGGGAGCAGAGGACCACAAAGAUCUGUGGCUGGAAUGACAGAGAAGAUGAGGGAGCUGAUUCCCUUGCAUUUAUCCCCAAAUCACAUGUACUGUGAUGGAAAAAGCCGUGCAUCCCACCUCUUGAGACAAACAUCCCUGCAGCUGCCCCAUCAAGGAAAAGCCAGUUACAGAUGUGUCCUCCCUCCAGCUACCAAUAAGGUCAACUGUCCCUGGGCAUGUGCCAGCACCUCUUCUCAUCCCUUCGGUGUGUAACAGCCCACCGUGGCACCUACCAAGCUGCCUAGACACUGCCAGGAGCUGGCCAAGAGAGCUACAUAUUUACCAAAACUUCAUUGGGUGAAGAUGGAAAAAAGAUGGCUCUUCUCCUUCCUUUGUUUGCUGUCAGUGCCGAGCAUUGCAGGCCAGCCUGAAGAUGUCGUUACAGAAACUGAAGUGGUCCAUGCUUUGCCAGGUACUGAUGUGACCCUGGUAUGCAGCUUCCCAAAACCACACACCACCUUCAUCAUACAGACGCAGUGGUCCAAGACUGAUGACAUGCAGCUUACCAGAAUAGCUGUCUAUCACCCAGUUUAUGGCACCCAUUACUUCACCUUUCCUGAGGCUUCUUACAACUUUUCGGUGUCCUUCAGCAUGAGGAAGUGCUGCAGCUGGGAUAAGACAGAGGUUUUGUGUUCCCGUGAUCUAAAUGCCAAGUCUGAAUGCAGUCAGUGGGCUCUGCAUCUGAAAAACGUUACCAUUUCUCUUAGCGGGCAGUACGAGUGCAGUUUUGCUACUUACCCUUAUGGAACAAAGGCUGCAAGAAUCCAACUUAUUGUCAAGGCAGAAGAGGAACAGCAUUACGUGAAGGAAGUGUGGUUAAACCAGACUUUAGAAAUUCCAUGCCUCAAGGAAACAGCCUCAGAAAAUUUGUCCAAUUAUCCUUUGAAAUGGCUAGUGGAGGAAAAUGGCAGGAAAGAGGAACUUGUAACCAAGGAGCCCUCCUGUCCUGCAGUGUACAGGAACAGCAGCAUGCUCUACGGGCAAAGAGUCCACCUGGGCUUGAAUAAUGCUCUGAAGAUUUUCCCCACCAAAAUAACAGAUGAUGGCAGGGUGUUUUCCUGCCACGUGGUGUCCCAUCCAGAGAGAGUCCAGAAGAGCAGCACCACCGUGAGAGUAUUUGCCUACCCCGAGAUCUCUGUUGGCCUGCAGGAGGGCACAGCUGGCACUUCAGAGAAGCCUAACGUGAGCUGCAUCGUGAGGAAGGCAUUUCCAAAGCCAAGCCUCGUGUGGUACAUGGACAGAGAGAGCUUGACGGAGCAGCCUGGAGGAAUUUCUGUUGAACAAGAAGACUCGCAAGACAGUGAAGGUUUCUAUCAGCUGAGAUCAACGCUGGUGUUUCAAGGGACCCACCAAAUAUCUAAGAUGUUCUUGUGUGCAUGUCUGUUUUCCUUCCUUGGGAAUGAAACGUGGAAUAUUUCAUCAAAAGAAAUAUUUGUUUCUUUCGACAAUAAGCCUAAUGAAGCCUCAUUCGAAGCUUUUACCACCAUAGCUUCAGAAGAGCACCAGUUGACAUCUUUGGCCUCUCUGGAUUUCAGAAGUCAAGCAAGCUUGCCUCCUGCUUCCAUGACACAAGCAGGAGCACUGAUUUCUACAGCAGAAACAAAAACCUAUACCAGCACCGCAGCAUUUAAUGAGAGUUUGACAACAGCAUAUUUGAAUGAUUCUACCACCGAAUCCCCUCAAAGCCUCAGGAAUGCCACGCGCUCCUCCAAAAACACAACCCUGAUGUAUCGUAACCUGUCCUUCAGCAUCACAGACCAGCUGAUUUCAGUUACCAGAGGGGAAGAUUUCUUUACUACCAGCAGUCUGCUCAAUACUACUGGUGGUGUGAGGAACACAAUAACCAGUCACUUCCCCUGGCCAACAGCGGUGGCUGUCCUGCUCCUCUCCUGCAGUUUUCUAGUAGCUGUGGGCAUCAGGAAAUGGUGUCAGUACCAGAAAGAGAUAAUGGACAGACCUCCAUCUUUCAAGCCACCGCCACCUCCGAUAAAGUAUGCCUCCAUGGUGGAAUCUGAUGGGACCACCCCAUCCUGCCACGAGCUGGAAAACCUGUAACAUUGCCUACACCGCCUGUGCGCAGAAGACUGACACAGUUAAAAGGCUUUGUCUUUAAAACAGCAAUUACAGAAGUUUGGUGUUAAUGACCCAUAUUAAAAUUCAGAGCGCCUAAAUGACAUCAAUGCUGGAAGCUGAGCACUCCUGAGGACACUUACUUCAUCCCGUCUAUCUCUAUGUAUGCAUUACAUUAACACUGUUGUGAGUGUCACCAUGAGAUUACAUGUGCUUAAUUUGAAUUGCGUGAUCAAGUGGGAAUUUGCUGCCUUGUUAAUGGGAACAGAUUAACACAUCACUCCACCAGCCUUUUGUUUUACUAAGUGUAUAGAGAUGACAGCUCUGCCUUAUGGGCACCACGAUUACAUAGGAAACGUUGGUUUAACACAAGCUUUUUGAUACCUACACGAGCCAUUCUUACAAUUAUUAUUUUUUUACUAUACAAAUAUUGACUAAUAUGAACCAAUAUGUAAUUUUGUAUUGCUGUGAAACCAAACAUAAAAUAGUCAGCACCUUACAUGGAAAGAAAGAGGCUGCGUCUGUCGUCAUGGGGUUGCAGCACAGGAUGGUGGGGAGAAAAAAGGGCUCAGUGCAAGCCUGGUGGGACUGUUUGUGAAGAAGAACCAGUUGCCGUUGUUGGUGUCACAAGAAAGAAUCAACUUUGGGCUCAUGUACAAGCCACCCAUGGACCAGAGACUUGAGGACUGAAAUGAAUAAGAACCCUAAAGAUAAUGGAAAAUGCUGGUCCUUUUGGAAGUGCUGUGCCUUUGAAACCAUAAUCACUCUUGAGUCUGCUUUUCUGAAAUUAUACCUACGAUUCAUGUGAAGAAAAAAAAGGAAUAUAAUAAUUUUAUUCUC